CAAUCGAACGAACACCAAACAAAGCGACGCUAAAUUGGUGGGCACUGAAGAAAACAAGAUUCAGUACGAAUUGAACGUUUGCGCUGAAGACGUGACUAGUUGUGAAAUCGCGUGGAAAAAUUGAAAAAUAUACAAAUCUGAAUACAGAUACAAGUGUAAACAAGUUUUUUUUUCUUGUGAGGAAAGCCUUAACGAAACAAAAUAAUAAUUUAAAAGCGUAAUUCAAAUAAAAAAAUAAAAAUGGAGUUCAACAAUCGUCUACUGCUGAAAAUCAUUGAGCUGGGCAUUGCGAUCGCCUGCAUUGUACUAUGGGAAACCUCCGGCGAGUUGUCCUCAAAACCGCUGAUUGUUUGCGGUACACUCGGUGGUUUCACUAUCAUUUGCGGUGUACUGUUAGUUGGUCACAUACUCAACUCAAUUGUAGAGAAACGUCUCAAUGCACUCAUCUCCAUUAUUGGUUGUGUGCUCUUCGUCAUUUCGGGCGCCUUGAUCAUCGAUGAAUGGCAUGAUAAUUCGAAUUUCCUCUAUAAGGAGCGUAAACGUAAUGCACUUGCUGCUGGUUCACUGAUGAUCAUCAAUGGUGCCGUUUUCUUACUGGAUACACUCUCGAUUUGCAGAACGCGCCGUGAAGUGCCGGUGAUUAAGGAUAUACCAAAAAAUACCUAUGAUUUAAGUCGAUAUUAAUAUGGAUAUAAUAUUUUGUGUGUAUCUCUACUGGACUGGAAGUGUAUAUUUAAUGUGAUAUUAGUCUUAUUUCGUUUUUAGG